GAGCGUGUCUUCCCCGCCGCGUUCCCGACCCGAGGAGGAGGAGACUCCGCAGCAUGUCACCCGCGCUCCAAGAGCAGACGCCAUCCGCAGGUAUGAAGAAAACCCUGCAGGAUGAGAUUGAAGCCAUUCUGCGGGAGAGGAUUAUGGUGCUAGAUGGAGGGAUGGGGACGAUGAUCCAGCGGCAUAAGCUAAGUGAAGAAGACUUUCGAGGUCAAGAAUUUAAAGAUCAUGCCAGGCCACUGAAAGGCAACAAUGACAUUUUAAGUAUAACUAAACCCAAUGUCAUUUACCAAAUCCAUAAGGAUUAUUUGCUGGCUGGGGCAGAUAUCAUUGAAACAAAUACUUUUAGCAGCACUAGUAUUGCCCAAGCUGACUAUGGUCUUGAACAUUUGGCCUACCAGAUGAACAAGUGCUCUGCAGGAGUGGCCAGAAAAGCAGCUGAGGAGAUCACUGUCCAGACAGGAAUUAAGAGGUUUGUGGCGGGAGCUCUGGGUCCAACUAAUAAGACACUCUCUGUGUCCCCGUCUGUGGAAAAACCAGAUUAUAGGAACAUCACGUUUGAUGAGCUUGUUGAAGCGUACAAAGAGCAGGCCGAAGGGCUUCUCGAUGGUGGGGUUGAUAUCUUACUCGUUGAAACUAUUUUUGAUACUGCCAAUGCCAAGGCAGCCUUGUUUGCACUCCAAAAACUUUUUGAAGAGAGGUAUGCUCCUCGGCCUAUCUUUAUUUCAGGGACUAUUGUUGAUAAAAGUGGGCGGACUCUUUCUGGACAAACAGGAGAGGCAUUUGUCAUCAGCGUGUCUCAUGCAGACCCACUCUGCAUUGGCUUAAAUUGUGCUCUGGGUGCAGCUGAAAUGAGACCUUUUAUUGAAACAAUUGGAAAAUGUACAACAGCUUAUGUCCUAUGUUAUCCCAAUGCAGGUCUUCCCAAUACCUUUGGUGACUAUGAUGAAACUCCGCACAUGAUGGCCAUGCAUCUAAAGGACUUUGCUAUGGAUGGCUUGGUCAAUAUAGUUGGUGGAUGCUGUGGUACAACACCAGAUCAUAUCAGGGAAAUUGCUGAAGCUGUGAAAAACUAUAAGCCUAGAGUUCCACCUGCCACUGUGUUUGAAGGGCAUAUGUUACUGUCUGGUCUAGAACCCUUCAGGAUUGGACCGUACACCAACUUUGUUAACAUUGGAGAACGCUGUAACGUUGCAGGAUCCAGGAAGUUUGCUAAACUCAUCAUGUCAGGAAACUAUGAAGAAGCACUGAGUGUUGCCAAAGUGCAGGUGGAAAUGGGAGCCCAGGUGUUGGAUAUCAACAUGGAUGAUGGCAUGCUAGACGGUCCAAGUGCUAUGACCAGAUUUUGCAACUUUAUUGCUUCUGAGCCUGACAUUGCCAAGGUGCCCUUAUGCAUCGACUCUUCCAAUUUUGCUGUGAUUGAAGCUGGGUUAAAGUGCUGCCAAGGGAAGUGCAUUGUCAAUAGCAUUAGUCUGAAGGAGGGAGAGGAUGACUUCUUGGAGAAGGCCAGAAAGAUUAAGAAGUUUGGAGCUGCUGUCGUGGUCAUGGCUUUUGAUGAAGAGGGACAGGCAACAGAAACAGACACCAAAACCAGAGUGUGCACCCGGGCGUACCAUCUACUUGUGAAAAAACUGGGCUUUAAUCCAAAUGACAUCAUCUUUGACCCUAAUAUCCUCACCAUUGGCACUGGGAUGGAAGAACACAAUUUGUAUGCUGUUAAUUUUAUCCAUGCAGCAAAAGUCAUUAAAGAAACAUUACCUGGAGCCAAAAUAAGUGGAGGUCUUUCCAACCUGUCCUUCUCCUUCCGAGGAAUGGAAGCCAUUCGAGAAGCAAUGCAUGGGGUUUUCCUUUACCAUGCAAUCAAGUUUGGUAUGGACAUGGGGAUAGUGAAUGCUGGAAACCUCCCUGUAUAUGACGAUAUACAUAAGGAACUUCUUCAGCUCUGUGAAGAUCUCAUCUGGAAUAAAGACCCUGAAGCCACUGAGAAGCUCUUACGUUAUGCCCAGACUCACGGCAAAGGAGGGAAGAAAGUCAUCCAGACCGACGAGUGGAGGAAUGGCCCCAUUGAACAACGCCUUGAGUAUGCCCUUGUGAAGGGCAUUGAAAAAUAUAUUGUGGAGGAUACUGAGGAAGCCAGGUUAAACCAGGAAAAAUAUCCCCGACCCCUGAAUAUAAUUGAAGGGCCCCUGAUGAAUGGCAUGAAAGUUGUUGGUGAUCUUUUUGGAGCUGGAAAAAUGUUUCUACCUCAGGUUAUAAAGUCAGCUCGGGUUAUGAAGAAGGCCGUUGGGCACCUUAUUCCCUUCAUGGAAAAAGAAAGAGAAGAAGCUAAAGUGCUUACUGGUGCAGUAGAAGAAGAGGACCCUUACCAAGGCACCAUUGUGUUGGCCACAGUUAAAGGCGACGUGCAUGACAUAGGCAAGAACAUAGUUGGAGUCGUCCUGGGCUGCAAUAAUUUUAGAGUUAUUGAUUUAGGAGUCAUGACUCCCUGUGAUAAGAUACUGAAAGCUGCUCUUGACCACAAAGCAGAUAUAAUUGGCCUGUCAGGACUCAUCACUCCUUCCCUGGAUGAAAUGAUUUUCGUUGCCAAGGAAAUGGAGAGAUUAGCGAUAAAGAUUCCAUUGUUGAUCGGAGGAGCAACCACUUCGAGAACCCACACAGCAGUUAAAAUAGCUCCAAGAUACAGUGCGCCUGUAAUCCAUGUCCUGGAUGCAUCCAAGAGUGUGGUAGUGUGUUCUCAGCUAUUAGAUGAGAAUCUAAAGGAUGAAUACUUUGAGGAGAUCAUGGAAGAAUAUGAAGAUAUAAGACAGGACCAUUAUGAGUCUCUCAAGGAGAGAAGAUACUUAACCUUAAGUCAAGCUAGAAAAAACGGUUUCCAUAUUGACUGGCUGUCAGAGCCUCACCCAGUGAAGCCCACAUUUCUUGGGACCCGGGUCUUUGAAGACUAUGACCUGCAGAAGCUGGUGGACUACAUUGACUGGAAGCCUUUCUUUGAUGUCUGGCAGCUCCGGGGCAAGUACCCGAACCGAGGCUUUCCCAAGAUAUUUAACGACAAAACUGUAGGUGAAGAGGCCACAAAAGUCUAUGGUGAUGCCCAAAAUAUGCUGAAAGCACUGAUUAGUCAAAAGAAACUCCAAGCCAGGGGCGUGAUUGGGUUCUGGCCGGCGCAGAGUGUCCAAGACGACAUUCACCUGUAUGCAGAGGACGCAGUACCCCAGGCUGCAGAGCCCAUAGCCACCUUUUACGGGCUGAGGCAACAGGCUGAGAAAGACUCCGCCAGCACAGAUCCAUACCACUGCCUGUCGGACUUCAUCGCCCCUCUGCAUUCGGGCAUCCGUGACUACCUGGGCCUGUUCGCCGUUGCCUGCUUUGGGGUGGAGGAGCUGAGCAAGGCCUAUGAGGAGGAGUGUGACGACUACAGCAGCAUCAUGGUCAAGGCGCUGGGGGACCGGCUGGCCGAGGCCUUUGCGGAGGAGCUCCAUGAAAGGGUCCGCAGAGAACUGUGGGCUUACUGUGGCAGCGAGCAGCUGGACAUCACAGACCUGCGAAGGCUGCGCUAUGAGGGCAUCCGCCCAGCUCCCGGCUACCCCAGCCAGCCUGACCACACCGAGAAGCUCACCAUGUGGAGGCUCGCGAACAUCGAGCAGUGCACAGGCAUCAGGUUAACAGAAUCCUUAGCAAUGGCACCUGCUUCAGCAGUAUCCGGCCUUUACUUCUCCAAUUUGAAGUCCAGAUAUUUUGCUGUGGGGAAAAUUUCCAAGGAUCAGAUUGAGGAUUAUGCUUCGAGGAAGAACAUGUCCGUGGCUGAGGUUGAGAAAUGGCUUGGACCCAUUUUGGGAUAUGAUACAGACUAACUUCUUUUUUUCACCUUGGCUGUACUUGGUGAUCUUCAAGGAAAUACAGUCCAGAGUGCCUUAAACGACAACUGCAGCAGCAGCAUGCCCAUCGGCAUCUGGCUGACAUUUGCCUGCUCCAGGUGUCGGAGGUUUGGUGGAACCUUAUAAAGGAACAGGGUCUUCCUAUGGCCCUUGGAAAGCAAGUGACAGUUUUCAGGGAACCUUGAAUGAAGAGCAGUGAGCAGGAUGCUGGUGGUGUCCCUGGUCCCUUUGGGACUGGGACAAGCUGGAGAUAGAGGUCUUUUGCAUUUCAAAGCAAGUCAACUUGCUUUUUUCAUUUUUACCUUGGAUCUAGGCCACUUAUUCUUUUUUUUUUUUUUUCUUCUCUCUUAGAAAAAAGUCUGAAACUCAGUUGAAUAGAGAAAUGUAUAGAGAAAUGUGACCCUGUGGCAAAAUGAUGCUGUGAGAAAUGGGGCAUUUUAGUCUUAAUGGUUACAACAGUAGACUCUGACAGGGCAGAAAGGAUAACUCUGCUCUGUUUCCGGAAGACCUCAUUUUCUAAAGGCACGAUUGAAGGGGUGCAGAAGUCCCUUUGGCAGAAGGCACACUCUCAGUGCUGGCUUGUCAGGAAUACUCAGGCUGUCGGCUCUGUGUGGUCACAUACAGUAAUGUUCUCCAAGCAUUUUUGUCCUCUCAUAAUUUCAUAGCCCCUAGCCCUAAGGAAAACAAGGAGAUGGGGAGACAGUGUGACUGUUCAGGGUCAUUAACAUCUUAUAGUUGUUUUCCAGAAUUGAGCAGGUUCUCGGCUGAGCCGUGGUGUCCUGUGCAGAUUUGGACAGGUGGACAGCAUAAUUCCACUCAGUUCUUUCUUUUCUGCACUGACCCAAGUCGAGCCUCAUACAGUUUAGGAAUAGCACAUUGACUUGUUCUCAGUUAUUUCAGGGGAAAUGGUAAGAACAUGGGCACUGAAGUCAGACAUACCUGGAUUCUAAUUUCAGCUGUGCCACUUACUUACUGUAUGACAUAGGCAAAUUACUGAAGCUCUCCAACACUAUUUUCUCAUGUGUAAAAUGGGGACAGUAAUACUAGUUCCUAUCUCAUGGGCACGAGGUGUGGGUUGAACGAGAUGAUGCACAUAAGGCAGGUAACAGGGAUCUGGCAUACAGUAAGUGCUUAGUGAACGGUAGCUUCUAUAGAGGUAGCUCAUCAAGGUCAGCACAUAGUAGGUACUCAUGGAAAGGGAAUAAUAAGAUUAAUGGAGGUGAAAAGCUAUGUGGGAAAUGCAUAUGGUAGUGACUGCAUUAUGUUAGGUACCCUUCCUGGGAUUAGACCCCAUUUAACACUGUGACUGGGAAAGAGAAACUGCCUCCUGUGUCACAUGUGCCAUCAGUACUCAUUUUCUGAGUGACUGCCCCCUCCAUCACCUCUCGUUAUAUAAGCUAGCCUUGCCCCCAAAGCAGUUAUAUCAAAUGUACAUGCAGGUACAUUGGAGGUGAAAGGGAAAAAAGAGUUAGGAAAUAACAAUCCUACCUGUCUGCAGUAUAUACAUGUUUAUUUGCAGAGUAAUAUACCUUCUCAGGCAUCGCUUGUCCUUAACUUGAAGAGAACUCUCUGCUUUCUUUAGAUGCAUUUAGUUUGUGCUAGAUUGAGAAUGGGACUCAGUUUCCUGAGACACUUAGUUGGAAGAUUUAUUUUCUGUGUUCCAUAGCAGGUAUGUUAUUCUAGGUGUUGUUACAUUCUUCCAUGAGAAAGAAUAACCUCCUUUAAAUAUUUUAAUAUAUUUUAUCUGAAUUACAGUUGCUAAGAGUCUCCUGAUUUCAUUAAAUAUUUACCAUCUCUUCUCUCAGCUGUUUGUGUGGUGCAACGGCUUCCUUAAGUGUAUUGUUGAUCUAAUCUCAUGAUGGAUGGAUGCCUUUUUCUAAAGACAAAAACAGUUCAUACAAAUUUGAGUGCCUAUAUGUUCAUUAAAGAAUAUAAAAUAUAACUUGGAAACCCCUUCAGGUGACUUCAGAGGCAGGUAGGUGACCAUUCUGAACCUGAGGUCUAUACUGUCGGUGCCUGUACAUCCAGAACCUCUCCUUGUCAUCAAUAUCUGUGGCCCUGACAUUAACUCACUCACUCUUAAAUUUCCAUCAAAGAUCCCAUAUUUAUUUUUGCUUCUAAAGAAGUGCUUGUUCGAAACGUUUCCCACUCUGCUGCUUGCUCUGCUCUCUGUACUGAGGAUGCCGGUUUGUGAGAUGAUGGUUGCGAUCAGGUUUUAUAAUACCCUAUUUCUCCUUUGAGACAUUCUGCCAUCGGCUUCCCUCUGUUCACAACCAAACUCAUUUAGAGAAUAGUCUGCUUUCUCUCUAUUUCUCUCAGGCAUGCUCUCAACAAAUAUUUGAGUGUCUGCCAUGUGCCAACUACUUUCUCCUCCCUUUCUUUUCUUAACUCAGUGAAGUUAGGGCUUUUUACCCAUCUGUUCUAUCAUUAAUGACUUCCUAAUUGUUAGAUCCAGUGGCCUUUCCAGUGAUUUUUCUUCUCAAUAGGUUUGACAAUUUUGACCACUUCUUCAAAACUCUUCUUUCCCUGGUUCCCCGUUGACAUCACUCUUCUGGUUAACCUUCUAUGUUUCUGAUAGUUUCUCUAACAUUUUCAUAGUUUUCUCUUCCUCUGCCCAUUUAAAUCUUGGUGUCCUCAAGGGCCAGUCAUCAGUUAUCUUCUUAGUCUGGAUAGUUUCAGUGGGCAAUCUCAUCAAGUCAGUAUCUCCGGGUAUCUCUGUCCAAACUCCUCUGUCCUGAAGAGCAUAGCGUACUACAUCUAACAGCCUCUUCCAGGAGGACAUACAGACACCUCAGACCCAGUGUAUCCCAAACUGUUCUCCUCUUAUUCUUCUCAAAAUCUUGAUGUAUUCAGUAAUGAAGAAUGGUGCCACCACUCAAGCUGACAAACCUCAAACUCGUAUCAUCUUUAUCUUGGACUAUUACAGUGAUCUAAAAAAAUUGCGUAUAAAAGACACACUUAUCCUACUUUAGUUGGGAUGGUGUCAAAAGGUUUAGGGAGAGCAAUGUUUAGGUUGAGGCCUGAUUUGGGACUUGAAGGAUGAAGAUGAAGAAGCAAAGUAGGAACAAACGAAGAGCUAUCUUUGUUCAUGAAUAGGAAUAUUAAAGGUUGUAAAGGUAUCAGAUCUCCCCAAGUUGAUCUAUAGAUUCAAUGCCAUUUCUAACAAAUUCCAAAAGAGGUUUAGUUGAACGUGACAAGCAGAUAUUUAAAUUUAUAAGAAAUAGUGAAGGACUAAGAAUGGCUGAAUGCUUCCAAAUAUGAAGAGGAGGCUGAGGGGGCUUAUCUCACGAGAUAGUAAGUUUUAUUGUAGAACUUGUGUUGUAUGUGAUGCAAAGAUAGGCAUUCUGAGUAGUGCAAUGAGAUAAGGAGCCUGGAAAAUAACCCGUGUGUAUGUGGACCUUUGAGAUAUGACAGCGGUGGCAUGGUGUAUCAGUGGGGAUGAGAAGGAUGACUCCAUAAGUGGUGCUAGAACCAUGGUUACCAUAUGGAAAAAAUGAAAUUUGGUUUCUGCCUCACACCUUACCUAACAAUCAAUUCCAAAGAUAUUAUGGUCUUCAAUGCAAAAGGCAAAUACUUAAAUAUUUGCAUGAAAAAAACCUUAGGGCAGGAAAGCAUCUCUUGAAACACAAAGCACUAACCAUAAAAGAAAAGAUGAUUAAAUUAACUAUAUUAAAACUAAGGACUUAUGUUAAGCUAAUAAACAGUUUAAAGUAGUGAAAAGACAAGCCAUGAUGUGAGAUAUUUACAAUACAAUUAACUGAGAAAGGAUUAGUAAGCAGAAUGUAUAGAGAAUUCCUGUUUUUAAAAAUAUUCAGUAGAAAAAUAGAAAAGGCAUUUCACACAAGAGGAAAUACAUGGGGCUUAUAAAUAGAGAAAUGUUCCACAGCACUGGAGGUCGGGGAAAUAUGAAUUAAGACCACAAUGAGAUUCCAUUUUACAUCCAUUAGAUUUGCAAAAAUUAAGGAGUCUGAUAGUUCUGGAUGCUAAAGAGGAUCUAUGAGAACUUGUACAUUGUGUGGUAUGUAAACUGGCACCUCAGCUCUAGAAAACAAUUAUACCUCACUAAGUUGAACAUUUGCACACCUUAGGAUCUAGUUUAGGAUUCCAACUUCCAGUUGUGUAUCCAGUAAACUCUUGCACAUGUGUAUCUGGAAGUAUGUACAGGAAUAUUCAUAGUAACAUCUUCGUGAUAGUUAAUAAGUGGAAAAACUGAAAUGUCUGUCUAUAGGAGAAUGAAUAAGUAAAUUAAGGUAUAUUCACACUAGGGGAUAUUAUUCAGUAGUGAAAAUAAAUGAACUACAGCUAUACCUGACAAUGAGAAUGAAUCUCAGAAAAUGUUAAGAAAAAAAAGUUCCAGGAGACCAUAUAUGGUAUGGGUCUAUUUUUCUUGAGCCCAGAAACAAGCAAAACCAAACAAUAUAUUGUCUGCAUAUGUAAAUGGUAAAACUAUAUUGUAAAAAGAUAAAAAAGUAACAACAAUAAACCAAAAUUUAGCCUAGUAAUUACCCCUGAGAGGAGGAAGCAGAGGGAGCAGAUAGCAGAGAGACCCUCAGAUAGAUGCAAGUUAUUACUAACGUUCUAGUUCUUGGGUUGUAUGUUGGUUUAUGGUUGUUUAUUAUAUUAUGCUUUAUAACUAAUAUUUAACAUAGAGUUUUGUAUAUAUUAAAUAUGUUGUACUUAAUACAGGUAUCAAAUAUAUUAUAAAACUAAUAAAGGCAAAAUGGAAUAAUAAGCAAAA